CACAUGGGGCUGGUCAACCACACUGUGGUGACUCAUUUCAUCCUCUUAGGGAUCCCCAAUGCCAAUGGCCUCCAGACCAUCCUCUUCCUCACAUUCUUAGCCUUCUAUCUCUGCACAUUACUGGGCAACCUGAUCAUCUUCUCAGCCAUCCUCACUAACCCCCGCUUGCACACCCCCAUGUAUUUCUUCCUCUGCAAUCUCUCCUUGCUAGACAUUGGAAUCUCUUCCAUCAGCAUCCCUAAAUAUCUGACCGUCCUCUGGGGUCAGAGCAGAGUCAUCUCGCUGGGCAGGUGCAUGUCCCAGGUCUUCUUUGGGCACUUCCUGGGCAGCACCAAGUGCCUGCUCCACACUGUCAUGGCCUACGACCAGUAUGUGGCCAUCUGCCACCCGCUGCGCUACUUGCUCAUCAUGAACCGGAGGGUGUGCACCCUCCUGGCCGCCGGCACCUGGAUCAUCAGCUCUUUCCAUGCCACCAUCCUUACCAGCCUGUCCUUCACACUGCCCUACUGUGGGUCCAAUAUGGUGGACUAUUUCUUCUGUGACAUCUUCCCGGUGGGCAAGCUGGCCUGUGCAGAUACGUACUUCUUCUUGACAAACAUUGGUCUGGUGCCCAUGACUUGCUUCCUCCUCAUCCUCGCAUCCUACAUCAGGAUAAUGUACUCCGUGUUGAAUAUGAACUCGGCCAAAGGGUGGCGCAAAGCGGCCUGCACUUGCGCCUCGCAUCUGGUAGUGGAGACGCUGUUCUUUGGUCCCUGCGCCCUGAUCUACACUCAGCCCCAGCGGAGCAAAGUGCUGGUGACUGCUGUGCAGAUCUUUGGCAACGUGGUCACACCCAUGCUGAACCCAGCCAUCUACAUGCUGAGGAACAAGGAGGUGAAAGCGAGUCUGAAAAAACUGAGAGGGGGGUCUAAUGCCUGCACGGUGAUGUGGAGCAGCUGCAGGAAUUGCACGUGA